AUGAUUAGAUACAAAGCGAAUAUACAAGUUUCCAGAUACACAACAACAGAAGCACCAAUUACGCUUAUCACUCAGUUGAUGUUGCCACUGAUUACGUGGCAAAUCAUUCUUGGCAUAUCAUUUUUUCCAGAGGAAUUCAUAACUUAUUUCUUAGAUGAGAUGUAUGGAAAUGACGAGGCUGCCGGAGACCAGCCAAUCUUUCACCAGCCAACAAACUUAGAUAACUUACAUUCUCACGGUGACGUGCCUCCAACACCUAUAGCUGAACAAAUAUCUUACGAUUUCUUUUUCUAA